CCGGGACCGGCGGGGAACGGGACCGCCGCGCAUGCGCUCUACUCUCCCGUGGGACCGCCGGGACACUAAUUGUUGCCGGAGUUAAAGAGAAAAAGAACCGGUACGCGAGAGAAGCACCGGCUGACCGGGCUGGGUGCCCAGAGGCGACGUGCCCUGCUCUGAUUUUCAAACCUGUGAGCAAAUGGAUUGCUUUGAGAACGGAAAGUUUUGUACUCAGACGGGCUCCCAGCAGCACAGGGACAGAGACAUUCCAGAUGAUUGCAGAAACAGGGGAAAUAGUAGGAAUCUUAAUACCAGCAGUGGCUGUCAGGUGAAUGAGGCUGACAGACCUGUCAAACGUCUCCGACGGAAGAGAAGACUGCUUCUGGAGUCUGAGGAUGACGAGGAAAAUGCAGAUGAGGAUGAGGAGAAGAAUAAAUCAAAUAAUAUGAAAAGCCGCAGAAACACUAAACCAAUAAAACAAGUUGUUCCUGGAAGGAAGAAGGUAUGGAACUGGGCUUCCUACUUAGAAGAGGAACGGAUGCCAGCUGCUCCCCUAAAACUGUUCAGAGAGUAUCAGUCAUUCCCACAAGGCCGAAAUGGAUUUAAAGUUGGAAUGAAAUUGGAAGGGCUGGAUCCUGAACACCCCUCUCGAUUUUGUGUUCUCACAGUGGCUGAGGUACAAGGGUACAGAAUGCGGUUACACUUUGAUGGUUAUCCAGAGUGCUAUGACUUCUGGGUUAAUGCUGAUUCCUCAGACAUCCAUCCUGUUGGCUGGUGUGAAAAAACAAGUCAUAAGCUGCUCCCUCCUAAAGGUUUCAAGGAGGGAGAAUUUAAUUGGACUUCCUAUUUGAAGAAUUGCAAAGCUCAAGCAGCUCCAAAAAGCCUUUUUAAGACUCUCGGCACUCCUGUCACACCCUCUGGUUUUCGUCUGGGAAUGAAACUAGAGGCAGUGGACAAGAAGAAUCCGUCGCUGAUGUGUGUCGCAACCGUCACGGACAUGGUGGAUAACCGCCUGCUAAUUCAUUUCGAUAACUGGGAUGAGAGUUAUGACUACUGGUGUGAAGCUAGCAGCCCAUAUAUUCGUCCUGUGGGCUACUGCCAAGAAACUGGAACCCCACUGACAACACCACCUGGAUACAAGGAUUCCAAAGCCUUCUCAUGGGAGAAAUACUUGGAAGAAACUAAUUCCCAGGCAGCCCCAGCAAGAGCAUUCAAACUGCGUCCUGCUCACGGAUUCCAAGUUAAUAUGAAGUUAGAGGCUGUGGACAGAAGAAAUCCCAUCUUGAUAAGAGUGGCAACAAUAGUUGACAAAGACGACCAUCGCAUUAAGAUACAUUUUGAUGGUUGGGACCGUAAUUAUGAUUUCUGGGUCGAUGCAGACAGCCCUGAUGUUCAUCCAGUAGGCUGGUGUGCAAAAACUGGACACGCUUUGCAAGUCCCUCUAGGUGCUGCUGAUCGAGUGGGAGCAGUGGGACAAGCGUGUCCUACUCCAGGCUGCCACGGUAUCGGUCAUGUCAGGGGACCACGAUAUGGAACACAUUAUACGUUAGUUGGCUGCCCAUAUUCUGAUGUGAACCUGAACAGAGAAAACCUGUUACAGGACCGCCUGAGUGGGGAGAGACCUUCCCCCAGCAACAGCAUGCAGAAAGCCAAGAGGCUAGAGACUGCUGCCCCAUUUCUUUUGGGAGCAGGAGAGUCUUCUCAGGAGGACUCUCCACAAUCCAGAAAAUCGGCACAAGGCAGUGAAAAGUCAUGUCAAAGCAGCGUUCACAGUCUGUCGGAACAGUCUGAAAACAAUCAAGAGAGAGACUGGGUAGAAGAGGAUUCCUCUGCAGACAUCACAGCCAAACCAAAAAAGCUUGGGUGCUCGCAUGCCUAUAUAAAGUUCCAGCUGGUGAAACAGGAAAGCAAUGGGAAAGACCCUGAUUUGGAUCUCCAGCAGGCCCUCCACCAGUCCAUCUUCAUGCCUUCCCUGGCCUCUAACCCGACCCACCGCCUCCAUCUCUGCUGGGAGCAGCACUGCAAGCUCUUGCCAGAGGUCUCGGGCCUCACAGCAAAACACGUGGCCAAAUGGACUGUGGAAGAGGUGGUAAGCUUUAUUCAGCGUUUACCUGGUUGCAAAGAACAAGCAUCUGUUUUCAGGGAAGAGCAGAUAGAUGGUGAGGCCUUCCUGCUCCUGAACCAGAGCGACAUAGUUAAAAUACUCAGUAUCAAGCUGGGUCCUGCCCUGAAGAUCUACAACGCCAUUCUCAUGUUCAAGUCUGCAGAAGACAACUGAGAAGAGCCCUUUGGCAGAGCCCACGAGGAAUUGCCAGGGAGCGGAUCUUUGACCGACAGCAUUACAACGUGCUGAACAGGCAGAUUGGGACUCAGAUGUAUUUUAAGUAGAACUUAUUAAAAAUAUUUUGAGGACAUAAAAAUCCUGCCACAGUCUGGAAUAUGGGGCAGCUUCACUUCCAAGAAGAGGAUAUUAUUAUAUUUUGUAAUUGAAUUUGGUUUUGAUAUAUCAAUCUCUUUUUGAGAUCUAGAAGCAACCUCCGGUUAUAAGGGGAAUCCAGGGUAACAUUGGUGGAGCUGCAAUAGCUAGAAGAAAGCUAUGAGUAAGACGACUGCUGUGUCUAAUGACAGUGCCUGAAAGAGCGACUGAGUUAUCACCAGCAUGUUCAAUAUAUUCUGUAGGUACAAAAACUCAAAGAGAGUAAGAAAAUAGGAAAAAGAUGCACUUCAGAGCGACUCACCUGUAUCCUUCAAUGCUGUGACUCGAGCUGACCUUUUCAGGACUGAUUUUUAAAUUCCAGUGUCUCCUCCUGAUCCUAGUUGUUCUAAUACCCUUGGCUCCUGGGCUGCUUACACCACAGCAGAAAUGUAGCGUGGGCAAAGGGUUUCAUUCAGCGAUGGCUUGCUUUGUUUCUGGUAACAAGCAAAAUGUUCUCGUUCAUGUCACCAGAGAGCGGGAAGCAAGCCCUGUGUAGAUAGGCUUUGGGUAGGCCAAGACCUCUCAUAAAGAUAUUUCCCACAGGAGACAAAUAUUCUAGCUGUAAUUCUCCCGUCAGUGCUUUUGUGCAACUGCUGUCUGGACCAGGAACAUCGUACGGCAAAAUGGCACAAUCGGGAGCACUUGGGAAUUUGAUGGGUUCGUUCUUGUCCUCUCCACUGUCAGCCCAAACGCUAGGAAUACAAGGUGGAAACCCAGCAGUGGCCAGCAUGUGCGUACAGCUGCAAACAGAUUUCCUAGAAACAAUUUGCUUUUAUUUUUGAAUAAUUGAAACUCACGAACGCGUAGUGCUUUAGCCUGUUCGGCCUCCAGGUGGGCUUUGAUCUGUUCUACCAAAGAGCCGGUGUGCUGUAGCAGCAGGGCACGGCUCCUCUGCCUCUCUAGUGGCAAGGCAGGCAGAGCACACAGGGGAGUUUGACCGGAGGGGAAUCAGGGUUUGAACAGACAGCAGGACGAACUAAGAAUUGCUUCUCAAAAGAGAGUGCUAAUCCGCAUCAGGGAGGAAGCAGAGCUUGUGGCUGCGUUCCUGCGCAUGCAGUCUGGACUCUCCUGGCAGUAGGGGAGCACGACUAUUUCCUGCUCUGCUCAAAGUCAGAGCAUAGUUUUAUGAACGUGCACUUGGGUCUGCGAUGUCCCGGGUGGGAGUUUCCGCACCGAUACUUCCAGAGCCGUCCUCUGAUGAUGGCAGCGCUGGGGGAAGCGGUGAGCCCUGCUAGGGCUCUGCUCAGUGUUUCCUUCCGUGCCUGGUAGCAUGCUAGCUUCUGACUCUUCCUCUGGCCACUCUCCAUCUUAGAUAUUUGGCUGUUCUGGAGUUGAGCUAGAACUAUUUUAGCUAGGGAAGCCUUUUCACCCCGUCAUUUGAAGCUGCCAGGCUGAAUCCUGUGCGCGUGAACCCCUCCGAGCGCUGCAGGUGUGCGUACGUGGUGCUGCCGCAGGCAGAUGUACCAUCAGCCUCUGCCCAGGGUUGCAUGAAUUUCUCAGGGCACUGCAUGAUGACGUGAUCCAUCCGUAGGCACCUCAGACUCCCUCCUGUACUUGCCAUUUUUGUCAGUAGUGUUGCUGCCUUAGUCCCAGCCCUGCAGCUUCUCCAAGAGCCAUCAGGAACUGAGAACGAACACGCUGUCCAUGUGGUGACACAGGGACUUGGUCUUCUUUCCCUAAUCACUCCGUGUCCUUUGUCCAACCUUCCAGCUGCUGAGAAGGUCCCUGUGACCUGCCUGAAGUAGUAAGUUCCUUAAAAUUGUAAAUGGAUCAGAAUCCCCACUGCUGAAGCCAUUCAGUCCUGGAUUAAUAUAGAGUGCAAUUUGUCUCCAUACUUUCUAUUUUUGUAUAAGAUGUUACAGAGUUUAAACCUUCCACAGAGAAGACAUAGGGGUGGUGGGAUAUUUAAUAGCUGAAACAUUAAAUAUCAGCCAGGCAACUGCAGGAGAGUAAUGUAAUGCAGUGUUAAGGACUGGACAAGAUAUGAAUUUAAUUUAUUAAAAUACAUUUUUAGCAUGACAACCAGGAUAUUCACCAAAGAGUCACAUUCCUGUAUCUCACUCCGCGCAUCCAGCAUCAGUGUAAAGACUUGAAUUGUAAGUGGCAUGUCCUGGACUCUGACACAACUCGCUUUCGAGGCAAAGCAAAAUUGUUUCCUGACAACUGGAGCAGAGGAUCCGUAGCUGGACUGUUUUGUUCCUGGCUCUCUGCUCACUUGCUAAAUAACCCUGAGCCCUUCUUUGCUCCAGUUUCCCCCUCUCUGACACCCAGCCAGGUGGGGUGAGCGCAAUUUUGCCUUGUUCUUGUUUCCAGCAAGCAAGUCCUGCCGGAUUUUCUGUUGUACCUCCUUCCUUUGGGAAACUGAGUUGGGGAACAGCAGAUUGCCUCCAGCAAUAAACCAAAAUGUAAUAUUAUUUCAUCUCUUUUACUAUAUAUAGAUAGAGGAUGGAGAGAAUUGGUGAAACAAGCAAUGAGAUUCUAGUCACUGAAAUUAUUCAAACAGAAGAGAAAUCUUUAAUCCUAGGGGCUUCCAAGCCAGCUGGAUCAAAGACGAAAACGUGUACUUGGAGUUUGUUCAGUGACUGCAAGAGUAGUGCUUUCAGCAAGGAGGAAGGAGGAACCCUUUUAGGGAUAGAAGGAGGAGGAAUGUGCUUCUUGUGCCUUUUUUUGUAAUCCAAUAAUUGUCUUUGCAGAGCAGGCAAGAAUGUGCACACUUCUAUUGCUGACUCCUUUUCCAAAUAUAGCUAUAUUCUAAUAAAAUCAAGCAACUUCACAAGAACGCAAGGGCAGAAAGAUUUCCAGUGUCUUCACUGGACACUUUAAAAUUCCCUAAUAUUUACAAGACAGAAAAACAAAGAAA